UUCUCCCCGCUGUCCUCCGUUCCUUCCCCACCUCCCUUCCCCCAAGGAGGGAAGCUGUUUUCGUAGAGAGGUUUUUUUCUUUUCUCCGCCCGCCUUCUCCCUGCCCCCCCCGCAGCACUUUAUCCCACCUUCCUCUCCUCUCACCCCGACGGUCCCCCCUUUUGUAUGCGCCACCGUAUCUGGGGGUCCAAAUCGCCAACGGUCGGGAAGGCAAAGCAACCCCCCACACCCGGGACCAAUCAGUUCCGACCCGCCCCACCCGGGGAGGAGGAAGAGGAGGAAGAAGGGGGCGAAGAAGCACGAUUCUAGAGCCGUCCACGGAGCCGCUGCCCGGCAGGAACCCGGCGCGCCCUAAGCAUGGUCACUCAGAUAAUCAGCACAAUGGAGACCCAGGUGUCCAAUGGCCCCACAAGCAACAGUUCUCUCCCCAACGGGCCACUGAUUAGUGCCAAUGGUGCCACUGAUGACUCCAAAACUAACCUCAUAGUCAACUACCUGCCCCAGAACAUGACACAGGAAGAAUUCAAGAGUCUCUUUGGAAGCAUUGGAGAGAUUGAAUCCUGUAAACUGGUCAGAGACAAAAUCACAGGGCAGAGCUUAGGCUACGGCUUUGUCAAUUAUGUUGACUCUAAUGAUGCUGAUAAAGCAAUCAACACGUUGAAUGGACUUAAACUACAGACAAAAACAAUCAAGGUGUCCUACGCCCGGCCUAGCUCAGCAUCCAUCCGUGACGCCAAUCUCUAUGUGAGUGGCUUGCCCAAGACCAUGAGCCAGAAAGAGAUGGAGCAGCUCUUCUCACAGUAUGGACGUAUCAUCACCUCCCGCAUCCUUGUUGAUCAGGUCACAGGUGUAUCCAGAGGAGUAGGCUUCAUCCGCUUUGACAAGAGAAUAGAAGCUGAGGAGGCCAUCAAGGGGCUGAAUGGGCAGAAACCACUAGGUGCCAGUGAGCCCAUCACAGUCAAGUUUGCCAACAACCCCAGCCAGAAGACAGGACAAGCCUUGCUAACACAUCUGUACCAGACCACAGCUCGGCGGUACACAGGACCCUUGCACCACCAGACUCAGCGAUUCAGGCUCGACAAUUUGCUAAACAUGGCAUACGGCGUCAAGAGGUUCUCUCCCAUCACGAUCGACAGCAUGACCAGCCUGGCGGGAGUCAACCUGACAGGGGCCUCCAGUGCCGGCUGGUGCAUCUUUGUGUACAACCUCUCCCCAGAGGCAGACGAGAGUGUCCUGUGGCAGCUCUUUGGGCCCUUUGGGGCAGUCACCAACGUCAAAGUGAUCCGCGAUUUCACCACCAACAAGUGCAAGGGCUUUGGCUUUGUCACCAUGACCAACUAUGAUGAAGCAGCAAUGGCCAUCGCCAGUCUCAAUGGCUACCGAUUGGGUGACCGAAUACUCCAGGUUUCCUUCAAGACCAGUUUCCUGACCCUGGAGGAUGAAAACCACUCUCUGUAAGGUGUGAUAGAAACACUCCCGACCCUGAAUAUUGUGGAUCAACAAAUCCAAGAAUGUCAUGACUGCUUUUCUGAGCUAGCCUAGGGGGAGGAGUUACAACGAUCCAGCUCACCACCUUUGUUCUCCUUGGAUGCAAAAAAAAAAAAAAAGGACAAAUGUGGUGGGUGGAGAAUGCUCUCAUCUCAUCCCUUGGUCUAAAACAGUAGCGAUAUUGGUUGUUAAUCCCACCACUUUGCCUGGCCCUUAAUUAGAAUUAUGUAUUUGGGAAAUAAACCCAAUCCCAUAAGUCCUGAAUAAGGGUCUUUCCUGCCUGUCCCCAGAAAAUCAAAAGCCCUUAUUUUUUUUGUUCUGGUUUGUAAGUUUACAUAUCAGGUUUGGUAAUUUGCUUACUUCCUUGCAUAAUUUGGAUUAAAAUAAGAGCAUGGGUCAUGGAGAUAUUAAGCACAGAGGCCAGGGGUCUGAUACAGAGUCCAAGAUUCCUAGAGUCAAUGGCUUUUUGUCAGGUUGCGUGGACUAGGUGGGCCAAGGUUCUUUUAGAUCAGAUAUAUGGACUUGCUCACUAUUUAAAUCAGGUGAUAGUUUAGUUCAACCUGCUGUUUUGCCUCCUUUCCAAAAUCAAGCCUGUCAAGCCUUUCUUUCUUAGAAAUAUUUAGGUGGAGAAUUUGUAGGACCGAGCAUGGGGCCAUCUGAAAGAAAGAGCCCCCCCCCCCAAGUUGUGUUCAUUGACUAUUUGAGACUAGAAAGGUGUUUUUGAUAAAGGGGAAGGUCCUGAAGUGGGGAUGGGUGAGGGGUGAGGUCUUCCUAUCUCUUUUUCAACGUUAGAUCAAACAAAUGACAAACAAAGGAGAAAAAUAAUACCCUAAAGAGGCUGAAGUAGGAAACAAAACAACGAAAACAAAAACUUUAAAAGAUUUUAAAAAAACUCUAUUUUUAUAAAAAAGGAAAAGAGACCUUGUUGGAAAUUUUUACUGGGAUUCUUGAACUUCUCACACACUCAUGAAAAUUAAUUUAACGGAAGAAAAAGCUAGCAUGUCACUAAGUGCCAUUGCUCUGCACACCCCAAUCCUUUGUUCCCAAGAGCCUUUCCAGAAAACUAAUGAUGCCCAUAUUUUGCAGGUUCAGCUAGCCUGGAGUGACGUAGUCCUCAUAUGAGGAAUUGGGGUGGGAAUAUUAGCCUUGCUGCAAGUGGGAAAAUCUUGCUGUGGGUUUGAGCUGGGGGAUAGUCAGGGUAUGGUUUACAUUUUGAGCUGGGAUGGUUCCCUCUUCAAAGCUGAGUCUUUCCUUCCCUGUGUAUAUUCCACCCAGGUUUAUAAAAUGACCUGGCAGUGCCAGGGGUGGGGGUGAGCAUGAUUUUUGUCAGGAGAGGAUUUAACACCAAGAGUAGCUGAGUCCUCCAGCACUAUGGGGUCUCACAGUGACUGAAGACAUUAAAAAAAGUUUCAAAAUUAAUUAAUGGCAUUCAAUUAAUGGCAUAGGAGGUGUUGAGGCCAGGGGAAAGAUGUGGCUUUUUGUUAGUCAUGUCUUGAGCAUUAUGCAGCAGAUGCCUGCUGUGCCACUCACAUAGGCAUGUUGCACAAGCACCCCAAACAGCAAUGGACAAAGGCAAUACACUUGCUUCACAAAGGAAACAUGGAGGGGAAGGUAUCUGGUUCGCUUGACCUAUUGUAUGUUUUGAAGAUCGUGCGGGGAACCUCCUUGCACCUGCCCACCCCUCAAUUGCCUGGAAAGUCCUUGAGGUUCUUGUGCA